GCCGUGAGGUUUGUGUCGCCCACGGUGAUCACUUGAAUUCCAUUGCCGUCCAUUAAAACAUCCGACUUGGAAAAUACAACAUUAAAGUAGCCCCGGGAUUAAUAUCACAUUGCGGCUUUGGCGUCGGCACACGGAUGCGAAAGCUAUUUUAGGAAUAAGGAUUAAAUCUCGCGAAAAACUGCCGUAUGUGUAAGGCACGCAUCUUGAGCGGUGCCGUGGCUGCCUGUAUAGCCUGCCAAAACGAAACAAUUGGUGGAUAAAAAUCAAUUUCUGUCCGUUUCGCUCGGCGGAGCGCGAUUCCCGUCGCUGAAUUUACGCCGCGUUUCGGAUGUGAUUACACGGCCAUGGGUCCGGCCGGCUGCUCCCACGUGAACGGCUUUAAAGUGGAGAACUGGAAGCAGAACCUGCGCGUCAUUUACCAGUGCUUUGUGUGGAGCGGCUCGGCCGAAACCAGGAAACGCAAGGCGAAGUCAUGUAUAUGCCACAUGUGUGGCGCUCAUCUUAACCGACUACACUCAUGUCUCCACUGCGUCUUCUUCGGCUGCUUCACAAAGAAACACAUCCACGAGCACGCCAAAACCAAGAGACACAAUUUAGCUAUAGACCUUUUGUAUGGAGGCAUAUACUGUUUUGUGUGCCAAGACUACAUAUAUGAUAAAGAUAUGGAACAGAUUGCCAAAGAAGAACAAAGGAAAGCAUGGAAAUUGCAAGGAAUCGGAGAGAAAUAUUCGACGUGGGAACCUACUAAGAGAGAACUGGAGCUGCUGCGACACAACCCUAAACGGCGGAAGAUAACCGCAAACUGCACCAUAGGUCUGAGGGGUUUGAUAAACCUGGGCAACACAUGCUUUAUGAAUUGCAUUGUCCAGGCUCUGACUCACACCCCGCUGCUGAGGGACUUCUUCCUGUCGGACAGACACAAGUGUGAGAUGCAGGCCAACUCCUGCCUUGUGUGUGAGAUGUCCCAGCUUUUUCAGGAGUUCUACUCGGGUCAUCGCUCUCCCCACAUUCCCUUUCGGCUGCUGCACCUGGUUUGGACACACGCACGUCACCUGGCUGGGUACGAGCAACAGGAUGCACACGAGUUCCUCAUUGCAGCGUUAGAUGUACUGCACCGUCAUUGCAAAGGGGAUGACAAUGGGAAGAAGGCCAACAACCCCAAUCACUGCAACUGCAUCAUUGACCAAAUCUUCACCGGAGGCUUGCAGUCAGACGUCACAUGUCAAGUCUGCCAUGGUGUAUCGACAACAAUAGACCCAUUCUGGGACAUCAGUUUAGACCUUCCGGGUUCGUCCACGCCGUUCUGGCCACUCAGUCCCGGCUCUGAUGGGAGCGUGGUGAACGGAGAGAGUCAUCCAAAUGGAGCUACCACACUAACGGACUGCUUACGCAGAUUCACACGACCCGAGCACUUGGGGAGCAGUGCCAAAAUCAAAUGCAGCGGUUGCCAUAGUUACCAGGAGUCCACCAAGCAGCUGACAAUGAAGAGGCUCCCCAUUGUGGCAUGCUUUCACCUCAAAAGGUUUGAGCAUUCUGCAAAGCUUCGAAGGAAAAUCACCACAUACGUCUCGUUUCCAUUAGAGCUUGAUAUGACUCCCUUUAUGGCCUCCAGUAAAGAGAGCCGGAUGAAUGGACAGUACCAGCAGCCAGUAGAUUCAUUAAACAAUGAUAAUAAGUAUUCCCUCUUUGCUGUAGUGAAUCAUCAAGGCACACUGGAGAGCGGCCAUUACACCACAUUCAUCCGGCAGCAUAAGGACCAAUGGUUUAAAUGUGAUGACGCCAUCAUCACUAAAGCCAGCAUUAAGGACGUGCUGGACAGUGAAGGGUAUCUGCUGUUUUAUCAUAAACAGUUCCUUGAGUAUGAGUAACCUCCAAAAGAUGAUGGACACCUAAAGAGAAGGACCAUAAGAGUGAAUGGAAUGGAGAGAGAGAACCAGAAAAGCAAAGAAGGCAGUCAGGCUCACAGCUGGGGGGCAGUAGAAGCAGCAAGAACAUGCAAAACGACUAUAAUUAUUCCUUGCAUAAAACAAAUAACAUAAGAAAUGAUAACCAAAUGCAUAGCUAACUCUAUACUGCAUAGUCGGUCCACACUGAGCUACCAAGAUCUACUUGAAAAAAAAAGUUAGAAGUGUGAAAAGUGACAGAGGAUGGAGCUGUGUCUGUUUACACAUGACAGGAGAAGAUGGAAGGGCAGUUUAUCUAGCUCAGCCUCAGUUUUAAGCCUUUUCCAAACAUUUGAUCCAUUUGUCUUUAGUCCAUGAUCCUGUUUCCUCCAGACCUCAGAAUGACCAAGCAUUUCAAACACCACAGCCGAUGAGGAAAUGUUACUGUGUUUAUUUUAUGCAUUAGCCUGAAUGCAAAUGAAAGAAAACUAUAUGGUACUAAAGGUAUUGUGGAAAUUGUUGAUAGUUUUUAUCCUCUGUGAAUUCCGUUUGAAAAUACUGUAUACCUGUAAGUCCUGCACAUGUUUCUCCCCUAUUUGGAUGGGUGAAGUGAUGGAUUAUAUGAAGAGAGAAGGAGAGUGAAUAAGGUUGGCACAUCGAACACAUCAGUUCUCCUGAUUCUUUCUCUCACACUGCAUCUUUUUUGUUUUUUUUGUGAUUGAGGGCAGGGAAAUAUCAUGUGUGUAUAUAUACGUACAUCUAUUUUUAUAAGACAUUGAACUCUUGUUUGAGAUACUUUCCCCACCCGCAUCCUUGUCUUUCUCACAUUUCUGCUGUGGGUUUUUUUUUUUUUUUUUUUAACGAAAUGCAGCUAUGUCUUGUGUUUUUUAACUGAAAAUGUCAUUGUUUGUGAAAUGUUGCAAGUUUGGAUGGCAAAGGCUUCUCAUCAAGGUUUGGUGAUGCAUUAUGGACAUGGAAUGUUCUCAUAUGGUGCGUCCUGACAUGGCUUGAUUCAGCAGUGUUAGCCCUGCCAUGUGUUGCUAGGAUAGUGUGUGUGCGCGCGCUUGUAUCAUUGUAAGUGAGGGUGUGUGUGUGUGUGUGUGUGUGUGUGUGUGUGUGUGUGUGUGUGUGUGUGUGUGUGUACUGAAUCAGUACUUAAUCUUAGCAUGCUGUCUAAACUGGAUUGUAAAAGACUUUGGGAGCGGAGUGAAUUUUUAUAAAUGUUAAUCAUGUAUGUAUGUAUAGUAUGUACGUAUGUAUCAUAUGUAUGUAUAUAAAACAGAUGAAUGAAAAAAGUGUUGUUUCAUUUA